AUGUCAUCAUUGGUGAAGAAGGACUUGGAGAAGAAACUGUUUAAGCCUCUGUCGGAGAAUCUGUACGAGUUCAUUGAAAUAGAGUUCUCGGUCCAGGACAGGUACUACCUCUGUGUGUCAGUGACCAAAAAAGAAGAAGUAAAAAUAAUUAUGGUGAAACACUACAGGACAGGUUUAGAUGAAAAAUAUGAAGUAACCAAAAGAUGGUCUUUGAAAGAUCUGCAGAAAAUUGAUGGAAAAGAAGCAGAUACCGACAAUCCAUUUUUUGAUCUGCACUUCAAAAAAGUGUACCGUAUGGAAGCAUAUAGCUGUGCUUCUAAAUAUGCCUUUGCUCGAACUGUAAAUAAGCUGAAUCAUGUGUAUCUUAAGAAGGACUUACAGAUUGUGAAUUUCGAUUCUACUUACAUUAAUGAUGAUUCCAUUUGGUCCGCUAACAACGAGGAUUGCUUGGUUCUUAUGAGAAUAUGCUUUUAUGCUUUCAAUCUUGUAUGCUUCUCUUUGUAUCCUCUACCACUCUGA